UUAUUUCAAGCGUAAACUUACGCGCAUGCGUAGGACCCGCGAAGAGGUCAUAAAACAGAACGGAGGGACUACUUGUUUUCAAACCUGUUUACUGUGUCGCUCUUGGUACGCGCGGUGUAAACGGAGAAAAACCUCCUUAAUUUUGAAAUUUUGCUUUGUGGCUUGAGAAGUCUCGAGAACCCCAAGUACCAUGCGCGAGUGCAUCUCUGUCCACGUGGGUCAGGCGGGCGUGCAGAUCGGCAAUGCCUGCUGGGAGCUUUACUGCCUGGAGCAUGGCAUCCAGCCGGACGGGCAGAUGCCGAGCGACAAGACCAUUGGUGGGGGUGACGACUCCUUCAACACCUUCUUCAGUGAGACCGGGGCCGGCAAGCACGUGCCCCGGGCUGUCUACGUGGACCUGGAGCCCACCGUGGUAGAUGAAGUGCGCACCGGUACCUACAGGCAGCUGUUCCACCCGGAGCAGCUGAUCACGGGCAAGGAGGACGCGGCCAACAACUAUGCCCGGGGCCACUACACGAUCGGCAAGGAGAUUGUGGACCUGGUGCUGGACCGGAUCAGGAAGCUGGCAGACCAGUGCACGGGCCUGCAGGGUUUCCUCAUCUUCCACAGCUUCGGGGGCGGCACUGGCUCGGGCUUCACUUCCCUUCUCAUGGAGCGCCUGUCCGUGGACUACGGCAAGAAGUCCAAGCUGGAGUUUGCCAUCUACCCCGCCCCCCAGGUGUCCACGGCGGUCGUGGAGCCCUACAAUUCCAUCCUCACCACCCACACCACACUGGAGCAUUCCGACUGCGCAUUCAUGGUUGACAACGAAGCAAUCUACGACAUCUGCCGACGCAACUUGGACAUAGAGCGCCCCACCUACACGAACCUGAACCGCCUUAUCGGCCAGAUCGUCUCUUCCAUCACGGCUUCCCUGCGCUUCGACGGCGCCCUCAACGUCGAUCUGACAGAGUUCCAGACCAACCUGGUGCCGUACCCCCGCAUCCACUUCCCUCUGGUGACAUACGCUCCGGUCAUCUCUGCGGAGAAGGCAUACCACGAGCAGCUCACUGUCUCAGAGAUCACCAACUCGUGCUUUGAGCCGGCCAACCAGAUGGUGAAGUGCGACCCCCGCCACGGCAAGUACAUGGCCUGCUGCCUCCUGUACCGCGGAGAUGUGGUGCCCAAGGACGUGAAUGCAGCCAUUGCUGCCAUCAAGACCAAGAGGAGCAUCCAGUUUGUGGACUGGUGCCCCACUGGCUUCAAGGUUGGUAUCAACUACCAGCCGCCGACGGUGGUUCCCGGGGGCGACUUGGCCAAGGUGCAGCGUGCGGUGUGUAUGCUCUCCAACACGACUGCCAUUGCGGAGGCCUGGGCCCGCCUGGACCACAAGUUUGACCUGAUGUACGCCAAGAGGGCCUUUGUGCACUGGUAUGUGGGCGAAGGCAUGGAGGAAGGCGAAUUCUCGGAGGCCAGGGAGGACCUGGCUGCCCUGGAGAAGGACUAUGAGGAAGUGGGCAUCGACUCUGCCGAGGGGGCCGAGGACGACGGUGGGGAGGAAUUCUAAGAGUCGUUUCUUGAGAAAAGAAGCAUGUUUGCCCUCCUGCCUUGGGGCUGGAAUAAAAAAGGCAGUUCAGAGUCAA